UCCUCCGCCUCUCCAUCACUCUCCUCCGCCUCUCCAUCACUCUCCUCCGCCGGCACCGGCACCUCCACACCCACUCUGUCGGACUCCUUUUACGGAGACAGCACACACCAACCACCGGCACAGAUCCUCGUAUUAUACCACAAGGCAACCUCAACCUUCUUGCUCCGCCAGCUUGCAACCGCCUACUCGACCAGUUUAGAGGCCCUCGAGCUACUAGCGAGGACCAACCAGGAGUAUGGACUAGACCAUUCCGACAACAUCUCCACCCGGCGGACCUUCUUUGUGAUGAAGCAGAAGCUGUGGAUUCUGCACACGACGAUCUUUGGGGCGGUGCUGUCGGAUCGGACGGCUGCAGCAGCGGUGGCGGCAGGAUCGGAGCGCGACCGUUAUCGCCAUCACCAGCAUCACAAACAGCAGCAACAGCAGCAGCAGCAGCACCCGAGCAGUGGCCGUGGAAUCGUCAAUGGUGUAAAGAAAAGGAUUUCGGGCUCGUCGAAUAAGGACAGUUCAGAAAAGUUGGUGAAGGAUCUGUGGAGGCGACUGGUGGAGGAUUAUGGUGGACAGGAGGGUGAUGUCGACGGACAAGUUAUGGUACUAUUUACGUUGCUAUGCAUCAACCAAAAGUUGUACGCAUUGGCACGGCAGAUCGUAGAGUCGUACUUGGGUACCAUCCCAGAGGGGAUGCUCAUCCAUCUUGAGACUGCAGCCGGUGUCUCUCUGGACCAUAGCGUCGCUGGUGGUCAAAAUAAGGAUCCGCUGAUGACGAAUUAUGAGCGAUUGGUGGAGUUGUAUCUGAUCCAUGUCCUGGCCAAGCUGAGUGAAUGGGACUAUGCAGCCGAGUUUCUGCAGUACAACAGCAUCUUAUCAGACUCUUGCAAGAAGACAUAUAGGAAGAUCCUGGACAGGUUGCAUGAAAAGUCAUUGAGACCCAAGAAGACAGUGUCGGCAACAAAGAAACAGAUUGCUUCGGAUGCAGAGCAGUUCGGAACAACGAGAUCGCUGUUGAACUCGGGGUCCCCAUCGGGUGCUUCGACCUCUAUAUCCUCACCGACACUUUCCUCGGCCUCGACCAUGGACUCACUAGCGGGGUCCCAGACAUUGGAACCCCGGACAACGGUGAAUGGAUCGUUGUCACACAAGGGCUUGCCUUCUUUGUCUGCGGAUGUGGACGACCUCAAAGCUUCAGUAUCAUCGUUACCGAACAACAGUGCGCGUACAAAGAUGGCAGUUGUGUCGGAGGAGUCAAUCAUGACUCCCUCGACUUCAGAGCUGACAGUGUCAUGGCAGGGUCGGAUGAUGUUGCUGUUGCAGCAUUAUGUGGAUCUGAUCAAGAAUGCGUCGAAAAAAAUGGGAACCAGUCAGUUGAUGAUCGUAGUUGGGCUGGUGGUCUUUCUGGGUACGGUUUCGAGGAACAGGACGAGGGCGUCCGCGUACCUGAAGACGGGGAUGGCCAAGGUGAUGGAUACGGUCAAGAUGGGCACUACGGUCACGAGUAUCUGAACCACUGCAAGUGUUCAUUCAUACGAUCAAACCAUUGAAGCUUGCGAUGCGAUGCGAUGCGAUGCGGUGCAAGAAGCAAAACAUGACAGUAGCAAUAAUAAUCUACGAUGAUGAUAAUAAUAAAAUAGCAUGUCUGCAUGUAUGCCCACCAGUGGCAUUUUUAUCCCCCG